CCUCGGCGCUGAGGGAGCGAAGGGGUUGGGGAGUGUGUUUGGGGAUAGUGACCCCGGGGGGUAGGAGAGUGUACCUGGGGAGAGUGGUGGUGAGGGUAGGAGAGUGGCUCUGGGGAUAGUGGCCCCGGGGGCAGGAGAAUGUACCUAGGGCUUUGGCCCCGGGGGCAGGAGAGGGGCCCUGGGACGGUGGCCCUGAGGGCAGGAGAGGGGCCCUGGGACGGUGGCCCUGAGGGCAGGAGAGGGGCUUUGCUGAGUGGGACCAUGGAAGAAAAGGAGACGUCACCGAGUCACACCUCAGACAGCAGCAUGUUGGACCUCCCCUCUGUUUGUGACCUAGCAGAGCACUUUCUGCCUCCACACAGCUCUGAAAACAGCCAGGAGCUUUAUCCUUCUGGGGAUGUUUUUCCCUCUCCACCCACAGGAGAGAGCAAUCCAUCAUCUGCAGCUCCUGCAGGCUGUUCUGCUGAAGGCUCUGAGGAAGCAAACGUGAGCUGUUACCUAAAAGCAGGGCUGUGUGAGCCCUCUGAACCUAAUGAUGCUGUGCUCUCAUGGAUGUAUAAAUAUGAUGGUGCAGAAGAUCCCAGCAUCAGAGACUCUCUGGAUGGCUUCUACAAAAUAUAUUGCAAAAAGCAGCCAGAGAGAAAGGAUCCGACCUAUGAGGCAGCCUCACAGUGUCUGUCACAGAAGAUUUCUGACCUGGAGCAAAAGGACGGAACAAAGUAUGUGUCACGUUGCCUGCAAAUGGCACAGUUGGUCUUGAACAGAGAUGGAUGUAAGAUCUUUCCAAACCACCCCCCUUCUGCUUGCUUUUCAAAGCCAGCUGAAGGAGAAGUCUUGUUGGAAAAUAGGAGGACACCUGGACUCUCAGAUGAUGUCCUGCAGUUCCUCUUGAAACAAACACAGGCAGAACGUAGCCCUGAUGUGUCACAUGAGAAGUGAGCAAGACACUGCUUUGUUGCUGUCAUGGAAGCUUUGCUUUCACUCCAGAAAGAGGUGACUUUAUUAGACAGACAUUGUUCUCCAAGCAACACCUUCAACACCAGAUGCUCCCUUGAGGGCUUCACCCACACCAGACCUUGCACUUUGCUCUUUGAAGGGUUGGGAGGGGUCAUGCAGUGUUUGUUGAUGGGACAUCAAACAUGAUAAUUUAUAUCCACCAGGCUUUUAAAUUGGCCUGCAUCCUUACCCCAGGUUAACAGUGGUCUAGCUCAAAUUCAGCCCCUGGGUGGGCAUUGCUGUCCAAUGCUGUUGGCUAGAACAGAAUGCUUGAAUGACCUUGGCAUGGUGUGCCCCAGCCCUGCAGAGAGAAAGUUAAGAUUUUGUUCUGAAUAUUUGUCUCCACGGGGUGCCUGUUAGCUCUGUGUUUUUACCUACAGACAAAUAACCCCACAGUUCAUUACUGCAAUGCCAAGUGAGUUUUUCUGACAGAAAAAGUGUGUGUUUGCAUGAGAAAGAGAAAAUACAGCUCUGAGUAUGCUCUCUGACAGUGCUUCUGUCCUAUUUACCUCCUCACCAUUACUGCCCCCAACAACCUUCAGUUCCUUUCUGACUUUCAUGGUGGUGCUAAUGAGAUCCCUGGGGGAAAGUUCCCUUUAAAAUGAAAUAGAUCUCUCUGAGCCCAAAGAGGCUGAUGUCAGUCAGCAACAGAGCAAUGAACACACACAGACACUCAAGGUUUCUCUCUCAGAAGCCUCCCAGCUCGGUGGCUUCUUUGUUGCUUUACUGCCUCUGCCAGGCAGAUAAAUAUCUUUGUGCAUGUUUUCCACCCACUGGCCUGUGGACUGAAAGAGCAGUUUGCUGUAGUGAUAAAGAAAAGAAAAGAAAAGAAAAGAAAAGAAAAGAAAAGAAAAGAAAAGAAAAGAAAAGAAAAGAAAAGAAAAGAAAAGAAAAGAAAAGAAAAGAAAAGAAAAGAAAAGAAAAGAAAAGAAAAGAAAAGAAAAGAAAAGAAAAGAAAAGAAAAGAAAGAAAAAGAAAGAAAGAAAGAGAAAAAAAAAGAAAGAAAGAAAGAAAGAGAAAGAGAAAGAAAGAAAAAAAAAGAAAGAGAAAGAAAGAGAAAGAGAAAGAAAGAAAAAAAAAAAGAA